AUGCCGUCCACGCCGCGAACGGCCACGGCCACGAGAACACGGCCACGAGAAGCGCCGCGCCCGGACCGCGUCUGGUGCCCCUGCCGCUUGCAGUCCGUGGAGGGCGGUGGCGUGUCGUUGAUCUUCGAGGACGGCGAGCGAUGGAGCUGCUCCGAAAAGGAGCUACAAGAGCUGGACCCGGUGCAGGACGGCCAGCUGGAUGGUGUCGAAGACAUUUGUACCUUGUCCAUCGUCACGGAAGCGGCUUUGCUCUACAGUGUGCGUGCCCGCUACUUCAGGCAAGAGAUCUACACCCGCGUGGCCCGGAUCCUCAUCUCGGUGAAUCCCUUUCGAGCACUGCCCAUCUACUCCGCCAGGCACUUGACGGACUUUCAAAAGGCCAAGGAUUCCAUGGAGCUCUCGCCCCACAUCUUCGGCACCGGCCACGAUGCUUUGCGGGGCCUGGCAGAGAACGGGAAGGACCAGGCCAUCGUGAUCAGCGGCGAGAGCGGCGCCGGCAAGACGGAGAGCGCGAAGUUCCUGCUGAGCUACGUGGCCGAGUGCGUGAAAGGCCAUGAUGGACAGGAUGGAUUGCAAGGAUUGGAGGGGCGGGUCUUACAGACGAAUCCCAUCCUGGAGUCCUUCGGCAAUGCCAUGACCACCAGGAACGCGAACAGUAGCCGCUUCGGCAAGUGGCUGGACCUUCGCUUCUCAGAGGCCUUGCACAUGCGAGGUGGACAAAUCACCAGUUACCUCUUGGAGGUCACACGAGUCUGUGGCCAGAGUGAGGGUGAGCGGGGCUUCCACAUCUUCUUCCAGCUGCUUCAGGCCAGAAGAAGCUUGCCAUCUCUGGGGCUUCAGGAACCCAGCCACUACCGCUACUUGAAGAACAGCACCUUGGAAGCCCCGGGCAUUGACGAUGCAGAGGACUUUGCCAAGCUGAGACAAGCUCUCCAGCAAUUGGGCUUCAGUGAAGAGGAACAGAUGCAGGCUUUUCAGAUUCUCGCGGGGAUUCUGAACUUGGGCAAUUGCGACUUCUACAACCAAGAGGAGGAGGAUGCGGAGCUGGGCUUGGACGGCGAGAGCUUCGUGGCGGAGGCCGCGCGGAAGCUGAAGCUCUGUGAGGCGAAGCUGCGCAGCGGGCUGCUGCGGCGCACGGUGGUCACCGGGCGCGAUGAGAUCGAGACCUUCUUACGCUUGGACCAAGCCAGAGCUGCUCGGGACGGCUUGGCGCGCAUGCUCUACGGCCGUCUCUUCGAUUGGCUGAUCCGGCGCAUGAACGCCACGCUGGCCAUGUCCAAUGGCGGCCACCGAUCUGGCGACGGAGGUGCGACGAACGCCGUGCACUCGAGCGAGCGACUCUUAGGCAUUUUGGACAUCAGCGGAUUUGAAAGCUUUGCGACCAACUCGCUGGAACAGUUGUUGAUCAACCUCAGCAACGAACAGCUCCAGUUGCAGUUCAACGAAGCCGUCUUCAAGUCGGAGAUUGAAGAUUGUCUAAAGGAGGGGGUCGACCUCGGCGAGGCCAUUCUGUAUGAAGACAACUCGGAUGUCGUAGCACUCCUGGAUGGCAAAGGGGGGGUGCUGGACAUGCUCGAUGAGGAGCUGACCAUGCCCAAGGCGACGGAUUCCACCUUUGCCAACAAGGUGCUCAAAGGCCAUGGCGCCACGUCGCGCCUGAUCGCCCCGAAGUUCCAGGGCAGUGCAAGCUUUGGAAUCCAGCACUAUGCUGCGACAGUGACCUACUCCUGCGAGGGCUUUCUGGAGAAGAAUGCAGAUCGGCUACCCUUGGAUCAAGUGGCAGAUUUCUUGCAGAGCUCCGAGCUGCCCUUGUUGCAAGAACUAGGUCGUGGUCUCGAGACACAGGCCACGAACGCCGCGGACGCGUCGCCCAAGCGGCCGGUUCUCCGCAGCUCGGCGCGGCGCUCCGCGACGUAUCGCUUUCGGAGCUCCUUGAGGGAGCUGAUGACGAAGAUCUUCGCCUCGGAGACGCACUACGUGCGCUGCAUCAAGCCGAACGCGGCGAACCGCCCCGAGGAGUUCACCUCGGUCAUGGUGCAUGAGCAACUGCGCUACAGUGGCGUGCUGGAAGCUGUGCGCAUCCGAAAGCAGGGCUUUAGCUGUCGAAUGCCCUUCCAGGACUUCCUGCUCCGCUACCGCUGCCUAAGCCUGCUGGUGCCUGGAUCCUUGGGCCAAGGCGCGACUGUGGAGAUGCUGCUGCACUGGGCGGCCAAGCAACUCCAGCUACCAGGAGAGCCUCAGUUUGGGAAGACGAAGGUCUUCUUACGUGAUACGACCCACCUGGCACUGGAGGCUCAUCGAAAGGCAGCAGUCCAGGUGGCGAUUCGACAUCUACAACGACUCCUGCGGGGUGCCAGGCUCCGGCGGCACUUGCGGCCGAUUUGGCCGGAGUUGAAGCAGAUCAGCGGCUGGUUGCAGAGGUGUUUGCCAGAGGUAGAUCAUCCCUUUUGGUGCCGCUUCAGGUCCUUUCAGCAGCUGUCGCUGGAGCUUCAGACCCUCACGGAACUUCUUCAGGCAGUUACCAGCCAUAAGGUGAGCGUCCCGAUCCAGAUGCUGCAGAGGGCGGCCGAUGCCCACCGCAGGCUCACGCAAGAGCUGAAGCUUCUGCAAGAGCUCCGUAGACUUUGGGACGAGAGCGCGGAUUUGGAGGCGCUCGGUGCAGCCCUGGCGGCGGCGGAGGCGGCGAAGCUGGACGAAGCUCCAGAGGUCGCCAGGUGUCGGAAGCGUGUACAAGAUCUGAAGCUCCAGAUGCCUCUGUGCGAGGCCAUGCGAGCUGUGCUGGGCUCCAAAGACAUACCCCAGGCGCGGCAGCUGCUCCAAAUGCUUCAGCAGGCGGGCUUGGAGCCGGACAGCCCCACGUGGCUGGCUGAUCUCCAGGGCGGUCAGUUGCAAGCGCAGUUGUUGGAGCUCGUGGAGGCGGAGCAACGCCGCCUGCAGCGUCUCCAAGACGCCUUGCGCGCGCAGCGCGGCGACGCGGGAGGCCAGGCAGGCGCAGCAGCUGGCGUUGGCCGAGGAGGUGGCCGAGCUCGCUGA